AUGGAAUGGGCACUCAUCGACGACAUUGAAGAAGCCCGAUGCUUCUUGGCGAUACUGAAGACGGAAUUCGACUUUUUCUGUGAUACGCUGUUGCGAUUAGCUGUUGAUCAGCUGGAUGUCGUCUUGGAAGAGGUUAUUAGCGAGGAAGUUCCUACGGAGAUGGGUUCCUCCAACGGAAUUAAAGCUGGCAAAUAUACUGGUAUACUAUCAGAUGACAAAUUUUGGUUGUCAUACCAAGGAAGGAUCACCCAACAGUGGAAGGGAAAAAACAUUGACCGAGAGCAUAUAAUCGCAGAACUAUCGCCACCCAGUAUACCCAAAGAACACUACACAAAUAUGGCCCAUCGCGACGAAACGCAAGCUGCCGCUGCCCAGAUUGCCUUUCAGGCCCUACCUAAGCAUUUUAAGAAUGUAAACACUCGCUGCUCUGAAGAAGAGCAAGUGGCAGCACCCAUGAAGUGUUAUCGGAAGGACCGUAAGAUGCAGAAUUUUGACCUUCGGUAUUAA